GAGAAAGUUGAUCGAGUUGCGCUUGCGCGGUACCUUCGACCAGGUAAGGAUGGACUUUCCUUCGGCUCGCCAAGCUGUGCUGGACGUAAUAAAGGGUGCGCGCGCGGGGGAGUUGCCUCGCCUGCUGCACUGGCUGAGAACAACUAACGACUUUGAUGAAUUUACAUGCAAUAAUGAUGAUAUCAUUCUCAGAAGUAUUGCUGAAGAUAUUCGACAUCGUUUGCCUGUUGGAGCAGUGCUCAAUUCAGAGCAUAAUGCUCUUCAAAAACUUCAUGAACAGGCAGUACCCACCAUUCAUGUUGAUGCUUUCCUUUAUGAUGAUGACUGUGUUGACUCUUUAUGUGAAGAAGGAAAGAUGAGCAGAAAUUAUUGUCUAGCAUGUGGCUCUCAUCAGACAGCACCAUUAGAAUUCAUUUCCCAUUCUUUUUCCCUCGUGGAACUGAAGUUCCUGUACCAGGAAGUAUUGCCUGACCUGACAGGGAAGGUUCUGGUUGACGUGGGCUCCAGGCUUGGAGCAGUCCUGUUUGGGGCCUACUAUUAUAGUUCAGCAUCCCAGAUCAAUGGAGUUGAAAUGAAUGGAGAUUUUUGCCAGUUGCAGGAAGCUAUCAUUUCAAAGUAUCGACUUGAUGACAGAAUAAAGGUGAUUAAUGCAGAUAUUUGUACUCAAGCUUCACUUCUUCAAAAUGCAGACAUUGUUGUAAUGAAUAAUGUCUUUGAAUAUUUCCUUGACAGAUCAGAACAGGCUAGAGCAUGGAAAAUCAUAAGUCAAAAUGUAAGAAAACCAGGGUCUUUAUUAGUGACUGUCCCAAACCUUGAAAAGUCUCUCUCAGAGCUUCAGGUGGACAUUCAGCUCAGCCAGUGGGUAGAAGCAGUACCAGUGCAAUAUGAUGGAUUCUUAGAAGAUGCUGAUAGAGAAGCACUUGAAAAAAUUUAUUUGUACAGAAUUCUAUAGCAUACAAAAUAUGUACAUUCUCAUCAAGUGCUUUUUAAAUAAAAAAGAACAUUUUAAA